AUGGGUGCAGAUGGUCGUCAGGCCAUCGUGGGUGCAGAUGGUCGUCAGACCAUCGUCGGUGCAGAUGGUCAUCAGACCAUCGAGGGUUCAGAUAUUUGUCAGGCCAUCGUGGUUACAGACGGUUGUCAGGCCGUCGUGGGUGCAGAUGGUCGUCAGGCCAUCGUGGGUGCAGGUGGUCCUCAGCCAUCGUGGUUGCAACGGUCGUCAGACCGUCGUGGGUGCAGCGAUCGCAAGACCAUCGUGGGUGCAGACGGUCGUCAGGCCAUUGUGGGUGCAGAUGGUCGUCAGGCCAUUGUGGGUGCAGAUGGUCAUCAGGCCGUCGUGGAUGCAGAUGGUUGUCAGGCCAUCGUGGGUGGAGAUGGUUGUCAGACCAUCGUGGGUUCUGACAUUUGUCAGGCCAUCGUGGGUGCAGAUGGUUGUCAGGCCAUCGUAGGUGCAGAUGGUAGUCAGACCACCGUGGGUGCAAAUGGUCAUCAGACCAUCGUGGGUUCAGACAGUUGUCAGGCCAUCGUGGGUACAGACGGUCGUCAGGCCGUCGUGGGUGCAGAUGGUCGUCAGGCCGUCAUGGGAACAGAUGGUCGUCAGGCUGUCGUGGAUGCAGACGGUCGUCAGACCAUCGUGGGUGCAGACAGUCAUCAGACCAUCGUGGGUGCAGAUGGUCGUCAGGCCGUCAUGAGUGCAGGUGGUCGUCAGGCCGUCGUGGGUGCAGAUGGUCGUCAGGCCGUCAUGGGAUCAGAUGGUCAUCAGGCCAUCGUGGGUGCAGACAGUCGUCAGACCAUCAUGGGUGCAGGCAGUCGUUAG